AUGUGCAUUUACUCUGCCAUUUCUCAUGCUCUCCAGCUUGGUCUCAUUUGGCUCAUCCCAGAAACAGCAAUUCAUCAACAGGAAGCUGAAGAAGAGAAGAAUGACCAGAAGGAAGAACAAGAAUCAAUCUUCCAAGCCAAGUACAUCUGGCCACUUACUGUUCUUAUCCUCAUUAUGCUCACACAGCAAUUCUCAGGUAUCAAUGCCAUUCUUUCUGACCUCAGCAAGCUCUUCGAAGAUGCUAACAUCAAUGGUAUCUCAUCUGGUAUCCAGUCAUUCAUCGCCACAGCAGCUCAGCUCAUCGCAUGCUUCUUCUCUGGUGGUCUCAUCAAGAAGGUUGGUCGCCGUGCUAUGUGGACAAUCUCUGGCAUUGUUUGCGCUGCUUCCCUCAUCAUCUUCGGCUUCAAUACCAAGUAUGACUGGUCCAACGUUCUUCCUGUUGUUCUUAUCUUCCUUUACCAAUUCGGUUUCGGUCUUGGUCUUGCUCCAAUGCCAUGGUACUCAUCUCCAGAGCUCUUCACACUCUCUGUCCGUCCAAUGGCUUCUGCUAUCAACGGUAUGACAUCAUGGCUCUUCUCCUUCAUCAUUGUUUAUGCUUCCCCAGCUAUGAAGAAGUCCAAGAUGGGUCAACUCGGUCUCUUCCUCUUCUACGGUAUCAUCACAAUCGCCGGCACAAUCUUCGGCUUCUGGUUCAUCAAAGAGCCACAAGAAGACAAGAGUGAGUCCCUCGAUAAUGAUGAAGAUGAAGCCCCAAAGGCUUAA